AUGCAACCUUAACCUAUAUAGAGAAAGGACUCUAUGGUUCCUUAAGGUACUUCCAUGUCUAUUUGUUCGUCGUUGUUAUUUAUGAUAGGACAAUCAUGGUAUGAAUUGAAAAGGAGGCCUUGUGGAUAUUGCGUAUCGUUUUUUAGUGUGUUGAUUGUGGUUGCUGCAAGCGCAGUGAGUUAGUCAAUAAUCGAUAGAGCUCCUCUUAUAUUUUUGAAAUCAGCAGAAGGUCCAGCUGGAUAAUCAGACAUAGCGUUGACUGCAAAUCCGAGUUAUUUAAGUUAAGAACAUGACAAGUCUCCUCAAUAUUUAAUGUCAAUCUAAAGUUUAACUUCUAGACAAAAAGGAUAUCUAAUAGUUGACUUUCUAAACUACACAAGAGUGAAAGAAGUGUUAGGACCAGAAAGGGCAAAUUAAUCAAGUCCUAGAAUUGAGUAACAAGUAAAUUUCACAUAUUUGCUAAAGACAGGGGAUUGUGAGAAUUCGGUAAAUAAAGCUCAACAAUUGUUAUCAAAAAGAUAAGAAUUUGGAAGUGAAGCUCAUUUUAAUGAUUUAAGAGAUGGGCAGUAAUUGGGUCAGAAAUGCGGAGGAUCAUAGCCACAUCCAACAGCAAAAUUUGUGGCACUUGAUACAAAAAAAGAGAAGCAAAUUGGUUUGGGAUGGGAAUAUCCUUUUGAUGAACUGAAAGAAACAGAGGUGAUAAUGAGUAGGAAAUUAGCAGAAACAUAUCAUUUGAAUGUGGGAGAUUACAUGUUGAUCUAUGGAGAAUUUUAUGACUUUUAUGGGGCAUAUUAUAUAGAGAACUACUUUGAUUAGCUAGGUAGACAAUUCAAUUCGACCACUUACAAUGAUACAUUUCUAAAUUAGGAGUUUAGUGACUUGAAAAAGGCAACUUAAAGAUUUUACUUGUAUUAGGUGAAAGGAUUGUUGGAUUCAACAUAUGGUAAAUUCCCAGAUGGGGAUGCUGAUAAAUUAAUCAUUGUAGAACACAAACACUUCUUUAAUAAUCUUGCAUAUUGGUCAUGGGAUAAGCCAUAUUUAAAGGCGAUGUAUACAGCUAAUCCUGAAGAUUAUGUGGAUGAAAUCAGAAUCAAUAUUCCCAAUAGAUUUAAUAUAUACAUGGAUAGCAAUUACGAGAAUAUACAAGGAAGGAUAACCAAAUAUGCCAGUAACAUAAGAAGAGAUUUGGGAGUGUAUCCUUGCAAUAUGGAUUUGCCUGUCUUAUAAAAACUGUAUGAUACUAGAUUCGGUUAACUAUUUUUGGGUAUCAUACUGAAUAUGAUCAUUGUGAUAUUGUUUUUGUUGAGUGUUUUACUGUUAUAUACUUUGUUAUUGAUUUCAGUAGAGACAAAGACUUACGACUUGGGAGUUUUGAGAGUGUUAGGUUUUAAUAAGUUGGGUGUAGUAUUCAUAGUAUUGACUCAAGCUUUGAGUUAUGUCCUACCAGCUAUAGUUGCUGGUAUCAUCCUUUCAAUACCUUUUCUAUUAUAUGCCAGUAAUGCACUCAAAGCCUCCAUUGGAAUUGAGAUCGAAGCAACUCCGACUACUAAUGCCACAUUCAUGUCCCUCGGAUUGGGAUUGCUGAUACCUUUAAUAAGUUCUUACGUUCCCAUAAAAGAAGCAUUAAGUAAGUAAUUAAGUUUUGCAUUGGAUAUCAACAGAUCAAAAUCAACUGCAGUUAAAAUAGAGGUGGAUCUAGAGGGCAAAUCUUUGCCUUGGGGCAGAAUCUAAUUUGCUGUAAUAGCUUCAUUGUUUGGAAUUUGUGUUUAUUACUUCUUACCAUUGGCCUUAUUGUCAUUCAACAUUGGAUUACUGUUGUCUAUAUUCUUCUUCAUUUUAUGUGGUAUGCUCCUAGGAUUGGUUAUAUUCGCAUUCAAUAUUUAAUACCUUGCGGAAAGAUUUACUGUUUAUCUAUUCUUAUUUUGGGCAAGUUCAGCCAAGAAAACAAUGGUGUUGAAGAAUCUUGCUGCACAUAGGAUCAAAAAUAGAAGAACAGCAUUGAUGUAUGCCUUAUCAAUAGCUUUUGUAAUUUUCAUUUUUCAACGCAGACCCUUUAAUAGCAUGGCUGCAAACUUGAAAUAACUUCCUCCGAUGGUAAUCUUUCCCCAUUUGAAUUUGAAAAAAUAAUAUUAGAUUUAGGAAGCAACAUCUCUGGUUUUGCAUGGAUCACCGAACCCUUUGGAUAGUUACAUGCAAAGACUCGGAUUUUCAACAACGUAUAUGACCCAUUUAGGCUAAGUUUAUCAACUCAGACCUAAGGUUGUGGGUGUCUCACAUACUCUAUUGGACAUGGGAUUCAAUCAAUUUCUAAAGGUCGAAGAUCAAAUUAAUAGUAAAUUGAAUCCAGUUGAAUAAUUAUAUACAAGUCGAGGAAGUUAAAGUGCUAUGAUUGGUACCAGUUAUGCAGAUCAACUCAACAUCAAAAUUGACAUUGACAGCACUUUCCUUCUAGUUGUCUACAAUAAUACUUAUAGUCAAUAUCAUCAAAUGAGGGCAUCCUCAAUAAUCACAUCAGCACCUGCCCUUAAAUUCAGUAGUUUACCAAGUGUUUAAGAAUAAAAUGUUGUCGUUUCCUUACCUACUUACAGGAGGUUGUGUGGAAAUUUGAUUGAUGCAGUUGAAAAUUACCCUAUGAGAAGAUUACUCAUUUCUGUAUCUAGUUCUGGUAGCAUUGACGCUGUUUAUGGAUAAUUCAAAAAGUACAUUGAUAGCAAAGUAACUUCAGCUAAGAUAUGGGAUUAUAGAGAUUACGAAAAAUCUAUUAAGCAAAGUCAGAAUCUAAUUCAAAUCAUAUUCAGUUUCUUAACUGGAGUUGUUAUGGUAUUGUCAUUUUUCAGUCUUAUGACUUCAAUGUCUGCCAAUAUGUUAGAAUAAGUUAAGGAAAUCUCUGUGCUUAGAGCCAUUGGAAAUACAAAGUUUUCAAUUACUAUGGUUUACAUUAUGGAGGCAUUCACAUUAGUUUUCAGUUCUAGUUUUAUUGGAUUGAUGGUUGGAUUUGUUAUUGGACAGUCGAUGGCAUUGCAAUAGACCUUAUUCACAUAAUUGCCAUUAAUUUUUGUGUUCCCAUGGUAAAUGUUGAUAAUAAUCGUAAUUAUUGCUAUGAUUGCUGCAAUUAUCAGUGUUGUUACACCCUCCUUAUAAAUCUUAUCGAAAGAAAUUGCUUAAAUAAUGAGAAUGAUCUGA